AGAAAAAUGGCGGCUCUAGGCGAACCCAAACGGGACGCCGGGCUAACGUUUUGAGCUUUCACACCCGAACAGACACCGGGGCUCCGCGGGGUACCCGCACCGUCCGAACCCGCACCGGUCCAGCUUUGUGGCGGUGCCGCUUUCGCCCGCGUCCGUGCCGGCUACACGGACGCAAAAAUUGGGAUAGUAAAAUAAUAGAUCAUGAGAGGUAAAAGGGGCAGGCCGCCCAAACCGCUACCAGCCGAGGAGUCGUCCCCGGCCGCGGCCCGAGGCUUGCGACCCAGGCGGAAUCUGAAGCCCAGGCUGAGGGACAGCGGGGACGAGGACGCGGAGAGCCCCACGAGGGAGUCCCCGAAGCCGAGCAGAAAGAGGAAAGCGGGCUCCGGGACGUCAACACGGGGCCGGGGACGAGGCAGAGGUGGCGGCGGAGGGAGAGGAGGCAGACGGGGCCGGGGAGGAAAGCGCACCGCCGCGUCCAAAGCGGUGGUGUACGACGACCACGAGAGCGACGAGGAGGACGAUGCCGUCAGCCUGAGGUCGGAGGAGGACGAGUUUGUAGAGGAGGACCCUCAGUCCGAGGACGACGAGGCCCUGAAAGAGGACUCGGAUUGCCUCGAAGAUGAUGUGCUGGACGAGGAGGAGGAGGAGGAGGAGGAGGAGGAGGAUGAUGCCAGCUACUGUACGGAGAGUAGCUUUCGGAGUCAGAGCACACACGCCAGCACUCCGGGGAAGAAGAAAGCUCGUGCUCCGCGACCUCGCACUCCCAUCCUGGAGGAGAAGGAGAUUCCCCCUCUUGAGCUUCCCGAAACCUCCGAGGAUCUCCUGGUUCCCAGUGAGGAGCUGCUCAACGCCACCUCCAUCUACGAGGUGCUACGUAACUUCGCCACGGUGCUGCGUCUCUCCCCGUUCCGCUUCGAGGACUUCUGUGCGGCGCUGGUGGGCCAGGAGCAGUGCACUUUAAUAGCAGAGACGCAUAUUUCCCUCCUGAAGGCCAUCCUGCGUGAGGAGGACUCCUCCAACACUACCUUCGGCCCCGCUGACCUCAAAGACAGCGUCAACUCCACUCUGUACUUUAUUGACGGCAUGACGUGGCCCGAGGUGCUGCGGGCGUACUGUGAGAGCGACCGGGAGUACCAUCACGUCCUGCCGUAUCAGGAGGCGGAUGAGUAUCCUUACGGUCCUCUUGAAAGUAAAAUCAAGGUGUUACAGUUUUUGGUGGACCAGUUUCUCACUACAAACAUUGCCCGGGAGGAGCUGCUGUCCGACGGCAGCAUGCAGUACGACGACCACUGUCGCGUGUGUCACCGGCUGGGCGACCUGCUGUGCUGUGAGACCUGCUCAGCGGUCUACCACCUGGAGUGUGUGAAACCGCCGCUGGAGGCGGUCCCGGAGGACGAGUGGCAGUGUGAGAUUUGUGUGGCGCAUAAGGUGCCGGGCGUCACGGACAGCGUGACCGAGGCGCAGAAGAACCGGCCCUUCAUCCGCCAGGAGCCCAUUGGAUAUGACCGCCACCAGAGGAAGUACUGGUUCCUAAACAGAAGGAUUAUUGUCGAGGAGGACGGGGAGCACGACAAGAAAAAGAUCUGGUACUACAGCUCCAAGGCGCAGCUGGAGGAGCUCAUGGAGAGCCUGGAUAAGGAGUACUGGGAGACGGACCUUCACGCCACCCUGGUGGAGAUGAGGGAGGAGGUGCAAGCUCACAUGGACAUCACAGACGACCUUACCAACAAAGCCCGGGGAAACAAUAAAGCCUACCUCACUGCUGUCAACGACGUGGUCACGGAGCGCUUGAAGAUCAGGCGGGAAGCAAAGGGGAAAGGAGAGGAGGCAAAGCAGGACGCAGAAACCGGCUCCGUUAAGACGGCGGAGGACGCCGCUGAGGUUCCCCCGCAGAUCGACAACGGAGAGCACAAAGACUCUGAGGCCAAGGAAGACGCCAGUUCACAAGCUGCUGCGGUUCCUCCCGCUGCAGAGGAGAGCGCCGCGUCUGACCCUAACCCCGCCUCAGCCGCCCAGGACGCUGUCGCGCCUAAAACGGAGUCCCUCGAACCAAACAAGGAAACGCAGCCGGCUCCGUCUGGGAGUCAGGAGAGCGGGGAGUCCCCUCCGCAGGACAGGACAGAUGAUAAUGUGAAAGCAGAGCCCAGCAGGGAAGAAAAGCUCCCUGAUGAUUCCCAAAAUCAGCCCCAGCAGCAGUCCUCUCAGUCUGAGGCGAGCGGCGGCAGCAGCCAAGUGUCAGUCCUCAGGAAAUCAGAGCAGCCGGACCUGGCCGACCGCUCCUCCCAGUCCUCUUUCACCAGCCAGGAUGGGACAGAUGAUUACAACGACAGGGUGAAGACCGACAGAGAGAAAGCAGCAGGACGGGAAUCGAACACCCAAACGCCCAGAGACAGCAAAGAGUCCUCCCCUGCACGCUUUGAUGGUGAAUCUUCGCGUCUCAGCUUCUUCAAAAGAGACCUGGCCGUCAAUCUGAACAAUUUAUUCAAACUGGGUCAGGAGGGUAAAUACAGGGUCUACCACAACCAGUACAGCACCAACGUCCUGGCCCUGAACAAGCAUCAGCACCGCGAGGACCACGACAAGAGACGCCACCUGUCCCACAAGUUCAGCCUGACCACGGCGUCCGAGUUCAAAUGGAACGGCUCCAUCUACGGUUCGCGGAGCCUGACCGUCUCCACCCUGCGUCUCACCAUCAUCCAGCUGGAGACCAACGUCCCCGGACCAUUUAUGCAUCCAAACUGGGCGUCGCACAGGACCAACUGGAACAAAGCGGUGCAGAUGUGCAGCAAGGCCCGGGAGUUUGCCUUGGCCUUGGCCAUACUGGAGUGUGCCAUCAAACCAGUGGUCAUGCUGCCAGUAUGGAAAGACUCUCUGGGACACACGAGGCUACAUCGUAUGACCUCCAUGGAGCGGGAGGAUAAAGAGAAGAUAAAAAAGCGAGAGAAAAAGCUGGAGGAUGAGGAGACACUGCAGCAAGCCACCUGGGUGAAGUACACCAUCCCCAUCAAGCACCAGGUGUGGAAGCAGAAAGGGGAGGAGUACAGGGUGACGGGGUACGGUGGCUGGAGCUGGGUCAGUAAGACUCACGUGCCACGGUUUGUCCCGAAGCUACCUGGAAACACGAACGUAAACUACCGCAAGGAACUGGAAGCUAAAAUGAGGAAGGAAAAUGCAGCAGCUUGCACUAAUAAGCAGAAAAAUGUGAUGGAAACGGAGAAGCAGACUGCUCAAAAGACAUUGGAAGGAGCAAAGGAACAAACAUCCAUCAGCGUGUCGUCUGAGAGCACUUCAUCAGGGGAGGACGGCAAACCGGAGACCUCCGAAGACAAAGACGAGGAAAAACUUGAAGAAAAACCCGAGGAAGAGGAGGAAGAGGAGGAGGAGGGAAAGGAUGUUGAGGAAAAGAAAGAAGAUGAAAAAAUGGAGGUGGACUCCUGCCCAGAAACUGCUGCUUCAAGUGAUGACAAAGAUAAAGCUGAAAACAAAGGACGCUCCUCGCCUUCUGCGCAACCUUUGAGGGAAGAACCGAUGCAGAAGGAGGAGGCGGCCGCGUCAAAGACCUACUACGAUGUCGUGAAUGUCAGCGAGGGCUUCCAGCUGCGGACUGCGUAUAAGAAGAAGGUGAAGCCCUCAAAGCUGGACGGACUUUUGGAGCGGCGGGUGAAACAGUUCACCUUGGAGGAGAAGCAGAGGCUGGAGCGCAUGAGACAGGCGUCCCUGCUGUCAAAAAUGGUCGCCGCGAAGCCGACGGCCGUCGUUAAGACGGAAGGAUCCACAUUGGGCAAACAGCAGCCUGCUGUGACCCCGUGUGUGAAAGAGGAGAAGGAAGACAGCCUUCAGGUGAAAGACCACGUGGUCAAGAAGCUCGACUUUGAGCAAGAGCAGACAAAGAUAAAGGAGGACGUCGAUGUCAAAUCAGAAGCAGCAGUACCCAACCACGGCAAGCAGACGGAGGUAAACGCUGUCCACGGGAACUGCGGGGACUCGGUAGCUCACAAAGAAGUGAACGGAGGACCCCUCGCAGCCAACGAGCUCAACAGUAAAAACAACUGUAUAUCAGACGCAAUAGAAAAAACACAGAAGCCGGAGGUGGCUCGAGUGGCGGAGAAUGCUAAAAAACGUACGCAUGAGGAAAUGGAGCAAGGCGGUGGACAGAGCGUGGACCAAAGCAGGACCAGUCCAGUGCAGGUGAACGGGAAAACCGGGGUCAACGCCCCGGCAGACUCAAACUCAGACCCGGGCAGAGUCGAAGGUGACGUCAAAGAGCCGCAGACGGAGCCCGUGAAGUCUCUAAUGAACGGAAACCUCUCGCAGAGUGACGUGUCCGACAUGUGUCACCCACCUCCGAUCAAAGUGCCGAAAUUAGAGAACCAUGUGGCCGAAAAAGGAGACCCUCUCAGUAAGGAUGUGGCCACGGAAAGUGAGGGGGCAGUACCCGCUAAGCUCCCACCCGCAAGCCCUUCUUGCCCGAAUAAUAAUAAUAAUAAUAGUACCAAUAAUAAUAGCGAAGGUUUAAAAACUGCCGUCACCGCUAAUGUGGCGUCCCAAAAUGCCCAAACAGCUGACCUGUCCAGCAAUAAUAAGUCUGAUGUGACGUCUCCAGCAGCAAGCAGCACAUCGUCCUCCGUUACCGCCGCCGCCGCCCAGCCAAUCUCCAGGGCCGUUUUCCCUCCGAAGGCUAAACCUCCAGUCACCGACAGCAAGACCUCAAGCGGCUCCAUGACCAUCAGUAAAGAGUAUUCCACCAAAGACCGAGUCAGCCUCCUCAGGUUCUCCAAAUCCAAGAAGGCGCGCUCGGGGACGGCCCUGCCGUCCUACCGCAAGUUCGUCACCAAGAGCAGCAAGAAGAGCAUCUUCAUCCUGCCCAACGAUGACCUGAAGAGGAUGGCGAGGAGAGCGGGCAUCAGAGAGGUGCCCAUCUUCAACUACAACGCCAAGCCCGCCCUGGAUAUAUGGCCCUACCCUUCGCCGCGGCCCACUUUCGGGAUCACGUGGAGGUACCGCCUCCAGACGGUGAGGUCGCUGGCCGGGGUCAGCCUGAUGCUGAGGCUGCUGUGGGCCUGCCUCAGGUGGGACGACAUGGCGGUGAAGCCUUCUGCUGCGGUGGGGACGACACGGAAAGAAACCACGGAAACGGACAUCACCACAACAGAGAUCAUAAAACGAAGAGACGUGGGGCCUUACGGCAUCCGCUCAGAGUACUGCAUCAGGAAGAUCAUCUGUCCGCUGGGAAACAGGGACACUCCCAAAGAAACUCCGACUCCACAGAGGAAAGGCCUGCGCUCGAGCGCCUUGAGGCCCAAGAAGCACGAACCAGCCAAGCUGACGGGGCCUGUCGCCGUGGAAACAUGGGUGCCUGAGGAGGACCUGGAGCUGUGGGAGAUCAGGGCCUUUGCAGAAAGAGUGGAGAGGGAGAAGUCUCAGGGAAUCGAUCCCUCAAAGACCGGCAGUAGUCUGAAGACGGCCGAGGACGUAAAGGCCCAUCUGGAGAAUCAGCUCAAACAGGCCAGACUGGCUGCUCAGCAGAAACGUCUGGAGCAGCAGAGACCGGCUACGCCCGCCUCCACUCCCACAGCAGCCGCCACCACCACCUCGGCCAGCACUCCCAGCAGCCCCAGCACCCCGCUGUCCACGGGCCAGAGGACGGGUCAGGUCACAUCCGGGACUAAGAUGGUUUUGGCCUCCAAACUGGGCUCUCCUGUUUCCUUCCAGCAAGACAAAAACUUCCAUCAGUCCUUUGCUUCCUGGGUCAAGCAGGGUCAGACCAACAACAGCUCAGCCUCCACUGGCUCGGUGGCCGGCGGCAUCACCACCUCCGAGCAAACCUUCCAGAUCGCUGGCAGCCCAGUGACUGUGGCUGGCCAGGUCCUCGCCGCCAAACUCCCGCUCCCCGCUAACAGCAAGAUUGUCACGCUCAACAUGCCCACCACUCAAGGAGGUGUAGUCCAGCAGAAAGUCCUGGGCAUUUUCCCCUCUGGGCCGCCUGCGAACCUGAGGACGUACAGCACGCUGCAUCCUACGACUGGCAACAUCAACCUCAGAGCCACCACCUCCUCAGCCACCCAGCAGCAGACCAUCACCGCAGGAGGCCAAAUACAGCCAGUCACCACCAUGACCCAGGCCCCGGCCCCGUCUACCUCUGUGGGCGCAGCAGCAGCGGUCAGAAGUCCAGCGCUGGCUCAACAAGGCCAACCUCAGCAGACCGUGACGCAGACGGGUCCUGGUUCCACGCCUGUGCAGACGACUGCGGCUCAGAGAGCGGCGGGUCCUGCUCCGUCACCUCAUGCAGCCACCGCAGCUCCCGGACCUGCACCUGGAGCUGCCCCCCAAACCAACAGACCUCAGCAGGGUCAAGUUAAACUCACUAUGGCACAGCUCAUGCAGCUCACACAGGGCGCUCAGGGUGGAAACCCAGGUCUGACAGUGGUGAUCCAGGGUCAGGGCCAGACCCAGGGCCAGCUGCAGAUCAUCCCACAGGGUGUAACAGUCAUCCCGAGUCCUGGUCAGCAGCUAAUGCAGGCGGCGAUGCCCAACGGUCAGGUCCAGCGCUUCCUCUUCACCCCCAUGCUCCCUUCCUCAUCAGCUCCAAGUACAGCAACUGCACAGGCAACUCAAACCCAAAUGUCAACUCCAGCUCAAGCCAGAGGCCCCGCACAAGUCCAGACGACUCCCUCAGCCCUCGCCCAAACCCAGAUGACGGCGCCUGUACCUGCCCCGACACAAAUGCCAAGUUUGGCCCCCGCAGCUCCCGUGCAAACCCAAGUCGCAGCCGCGACCCCGUUAUCAGUCCCGGCACCGUCUCAGAUAUCCACUCCUGUGCCUGCCCUUCCAAACGUUGCAGCCCAGGCCUCCACAAAAGUUUUGUCCUCCACACCCGCCUCUGUCCCCGCGCAGCCUCAAGUGGCGAGAUCUGUGCCCUCCCCAGCACAAAACGCAGGCCCGGCUAUGUCUCAGACACAAGUCUUCGCCUCAGCAUCAAUCCCUGCACAACACCAAGCCCCCGCUGUGGUGCAAACCCAAGUCUCCGCCCCGACCCCAUUCCCUACACAAACCCAAACUGCAGCGUCGCUCCCUGUCCUGGGUAAAUCUGCACCUCAAACCCAGGUCCAGACACAUGCCUUUAGCCCCGCCCCUGCUUUAGCCCCCAUCUCAGUCAAAGCUGCUGCUCAAGUUGCUGCUACAGCGGCCGCUUCCAACCCGGCCCAGAUGCCUGCUUCUGCUUCCCUUCCCUCGCCCGUCCAAGCUCCGACCCCUGCUCUCGCUCCCGUCUCUGCUCCGGUCAUCGCCGUUGUGUCCACUCAGAUCGCUGUCCCGUCCCCGGCCAGAGCUCUCACCCAGAUCCAGGCCACAGCUCCCGUUCCCCUUCACGCCGCUGUAGCCAGCGCCAUCGUCACACCAGUCACAGCCACCUCCACAACACCUUCAGUGCCAGCUCUGAUCGAGCAGAAGGCAGCUCAGCCGCAGGUUUGGACUCCGGCCGCAUCCCAAGCUCAGACUCCAGCCCAGCAGGCUCAGACACCUGCCCCCGCCUCUGCUUCAGUCUCCAUACACUCACCUGUCACCACUCUGCCUCAAGCAUCUCUUCCUCCUCCAGCUCCAGGACAAAUCCAGCACCCUGCUGUGGCAUCCAUGCAGCAGGUGUCUCAAAUCCCGGUCCCACCGGUGCAGGUUCAUAUGGGACUACCGGUCUCUUCUGUUGUUACCACUGUCAGACCCACGCAGCCUCCGCUUCAACCGCAGCGUCAAGCCCAGAUCCGUGCACAGAUUCAGGUCCAGCCCUUUGGUCAGGUCCAACAGAUGCCGCACAUUCAGACCCAAGCACAAACCCAAAACCACCCCCAGGUCCGAGUCCAGUUUCAGCCCCAAACUCAACCACCUCAACCCCAAAUACAGACCAUUUCUCAACCUCAGGUGCAGUUUCAGUCUCAAAAUACCACUUUACCCCAGCCCCAGGUCCAGGCCCAGCUCCAGUCCAGGGCCCAGCCUCAAUACCACCCCCAGGUUCAGGCCUCGUUUCAAACACAGGCUCCAACCCAGUCCCAGGCUCAGCAACAGCCUCAGGUCCAACAGCAGCCCCAGGUUCAGUCUCAGGCCCAAACUCAGCUACAUACCCAGGUCCAGGUCCAGUUCACGCAACACAGCCAGGUCCACCAACCUCAGGCCCUGCAGCAACCCCAGGUCCAAACUCAAGUCCAAGCGCAGCCCCAGUUCCAAGUCCAGUCACCGCCGCAGACCCAGGUCCAGCAACAGCUUCAGGUCCAAGUCACGUCCCCACAGCGCCCAACUCAAGCCCAAACACAAACCCAGUUUCAAGUCACAUCACCGCAGCGCCCAAAUCAAGUCCAAACCCAGCAAACCCAGUUUCAAGUCCAGUCACCGCCCCAGACCCAUGUCCAGCAACAGCUUCAGGUCCAAGUCCAGUCACCGCAGCGCCCAACUCAAGCCCAAACCCAGCAAACCCAGUUUCAAGUCCAGUCACCGCCCCAGACCCAGGUCCAGCAGCUUCAGGUCCAAAUCCAGUCUCCACAGCGCCCAACUCAAGCCCAAAACCAGCAAACCCAGUUCCAAGUCCAGUCACCACAGCGCCCAACUCAAGUCCAGACUCAGCAAACCCAAUUCCAUGUCCAGUCUCCGCAGCAGACCCAGGUCCAGCAACAGCUUCAGGUCCAAAUCCAGUCACCACAGCGCCCAACUCAAGCCCAAACCCAGUUCCAAGUCCAGUCACCACAGCAGACCCAGGUCCAACAGCUUCAGGUUCAAGUCCAGUCACCGCAGCAGACCCAGGUCCAACAGCUUCAGGUCCAAGGCCAACCUCAAGUCCAAGCCAAGCUCCAAGUCCAGUUCCAGCCUCAGAACCAAACUCAAGUCCAAGCGCAGCCUCAGCUCCAGGUCCAGUCUCCGAUCAGGCAUCAGCUCAUCACCGUUCCAGGCCUCCAGCAGCCGGUCCAGCUCCUCUCAGCUCUGCCACCCCACGUUGCGGCCCAGAUACAAGCCCAAAUCCAGGCUCAGGCCCAGCAACAGGGUGGCACAGUUCCCCAGCAGAUCAAACUUCAGCUUCCCAUCCAGAUCCAACAGGCAGGGGGGCAGAUCCAGGCCCACCAGAUCCAGAACAUGGUGACCAUACAGGCACCGGCGAGUGUCCAGGAGCAGAUCCAGAGGAUGCAGCAGCAACAGCAACAACAGCAACAACAACAACAACAGCAACAACAACAACAACAUCAACAACAGCUGCAACAGAAACCAAAGAAGAAGAAACACCACGAGGCUAAAAGAGAACAGAAAGAGCAGAACGUGCAGGCCAUCAGCCCCGGGGACGGCAUCCAAAAACAGGUGGUCGUGAAGCAAAAUGCCACAGCAGAACAGCUGAAACAGAGGAAGACCCUGGCUGCAGCUGAGCGAGAGGAGAACCAGAGAAUGAUCGUGUGCAACCAGGUGAUGAAGUUCAUCCUCGACAAGAUCGAGAAGGACGAGAAGCAGGCAGCUAAAAAGAGAAAGAAGGAGGAGGUGGUGGAGCAGAAACGCUCCAAACAGAACGCCACCAAGCUGACCGCGCUGCUCUACAAGCACAAGGAGCAGCUGAAGGCCGAAAUCCUGAAGAAGAGGGCGCUGCUGGACAAGGAGUUGCAGCUGCAAGUCCAGGAGGAGCUGAGGCGCGACAUCGCCAGGCUGCAAAAAGAAAAGGAGAAAGCUCGAGCUGCCAUCACCCAGGCCGCCGCGGCGACAGUCAAAGCGGCCUCCUCCCACUCCUCCCAUCCCUCCCACUCCACACAUUCCUCCCACAGCUCCCACUCAUCAUCCACCUCAUCCUCCUCGUCCCACAAACGAAAGAGGGAAGAGGAGCGAGACAAAGACAGAAACAGAGACAGGGACAGGCAUCAUCACGACAAGGACAAGAAACGGGACAGAGACAAGGACCGGGACCGAUGUAGAGAGAGAGACAAAGACAGAGACGGGGAUCGGGAGAGGGAGAGAGACCGAGAGCGGGACAGACAUCGGGACAGAGACAGAGACAGAGACAGGGACAGGGACAGGGACAGAGACAGAGACAGGGACGGAGAUUCCAGCUCACUGAAACACAAGAAGAAAAAGAAGCUGUCUUCUACCUCAAAGGAUCACAAGAAGGACACCAAACUGUACUGUAUCUGCAAAACGGCCUACGACGAGUCCAAGUUUUACAUCGGCUGCGACUUGUGCUCCAACUGGUUUCACGGCGCGUGCGUCGGCAUCACGGAGAAAGAGGCGAAGAAGCUGGAGGACUUUGUGUGUAACGACUGUAAACGCGGUCAGGAGGGAGGAAGCAACGAGGAGCUGUACUGCAUCUGUCGGACGCCAUACGACGAAUCACAAUUUUACAUCGGCUGCGACCGCUGUCAGAACUGGUACCACGGGCGCUGCGUGGGCAUCCUGCAGAGCGAGGCCAACCACAUCGACGUGUACGUCUGCCCGCAGUGUCAGUCCACAGAAGACGCUAUGACAGUCCUCACGCCGCUCACCGACAAAGACUACGAGGGGUUGAAAAGAAUAUUACGUUCGUUACAGUCUCAUAAAAUGGCCUGGCCUUUCCUUGAACCGGUGGAUCCUCACGACGCGCCGGAUUAUUAUCGAGUAAUCAAGGAGCCGAUGGACUUUUCCACAAUGGAAACCCGUUUGCAAAAGCGACAUUACCACAAGCUCACGGAGUUCGUGGCCGACGUGACCAAAAUCUUCGACAACUGUCGCUAUUACAACCCCAACGACACGCCCUUCUUUCAGUGUGCCGAGGUGCUCGAAGCCUUCUUUGUACAGAAGCUCAAAGGUUUUAAAGCGAGCAGGUCUCAUAACAACAAGCUUCAGUGUUCGUCAGCCUCUUAGAGAGCGCCGCACAUUGCUCAAACAAAAUGCACUUGCCAAGAAAAUGGCUCUUUCUGAACUGUAACUCUGUGACAGACUCUGCCUCCUCAUGCGUUUUUUGGGAUCUGACUGUCGGUGCAGCCGGCGCCGCCGCCGAUGCUGCUGCUGCUUUCACGGGACUGUUCAGGCAGAGCUGCCCUCUCGGCUCUAAUGGGGACCUUUUUGGACCUGUGUUCUUCAGUGGGACUUCACUGAGUGAGCAACCUGAGCAACUGAGGCAUUUCAGAAGAAAGUUUACCUCGGAGAAAAGACUCUUACGGAGCUCUCAUAUUUCCAUGUUUAUUUUUUUUAUCUUUUUUUUGUCGUUAAAAAUCCCUCAGGCCAUCCUCGUGGUCAUCAUGUCCGAUCAGAAAUAGGAAAUACAAACAAAGGAGUUUCACUGAGCAUCAUGUAUCAAGAGUUUUGUGUCUAAAUCGGGAUCUCACGGUGGAACGUUUUCCCAUCUCUCCACUCACCUGUUCGUCUGAAGUGGCAUGAAAGACAGUCGUUUAAAUAUCUGGACAUCAGUAGUCUGCUUGGUUAAACUCGUAUAACCUACUGAAAGUGCAGUAAUAAGCUAUUGUAAAUGGAUCGCUCUGCAGUAGUGACGGACCGAGAAGGAUCAACAGUGUAUGUGAAGGUUCCUGCCCUGUUUGUAAGAAAAGAAAAAAAAAGUCAAAAUUUUGACUUUGAUUAUGAUUUCUUUUUCUUUUUUUUGUAUUACUUCUGAAGAAAUAUUGAUGUAUAUGGAACUUAAUAAAAUGGAAAAGACUGAUUUA